GCCUCUCUCUGAUCCCGAACCACUUCCGGCUCCUGGGCCAAGAUGGCGGCGCACGUGUUUGGAAUCACGUGAGCAAAGAGCGGCUUGUUUGUUUGGUUUUGGAGCGCUGUUGACGCGGUUGCUAGGCAAGAUGGAUUUCCUCGUUCUCUUCCUCCUUUAUGUGGGUCUGGUUGUGUUGAGCUUCCUCCUUGCCUGCGUCUAUUUUGGAAAGAAGCAAAGCUUCCCCUCAAGAAUUUUCACUUGGACAACUCAGGUAAUUUCAUAUAUAAUCCCAGCCCAGGUUCAAGGAGCUGCUCAGAGGACUCUUCAUGGACUCUUCCACACCCGAAACAGCUUAUUUGUGGUCCUGCACUUGACCUUGGAGGCUUUGGUUUAUGGCGAGUUCACCUGGGAAGUCUUUGGCUACUGCGAGGAACUGGAGAUUGGCAUUCCAUCACUCCUCUUGCCUUACCUUUUGCUGAUUAUGAACACCGGCUUCUUUAUUCUUUGUUCCAAGACUGAUCCUGGUAAAAUAACCAAAUCCAACCAGGCUGAGUUUCUCUCUGCCUAUCCCUAUGACGGCGUGAUGUUUGAGAAGGGAGUCGAGUGUCCUACCUGCCAAGUGAGGAAACCUGCCCGGUCAAAGCACUGCGGUGCGUGCAAUGUCUGUGUGCAUCGCUUUGAUCAUCACUGUGUUUGGGUCAACAACUGCAUUGGUGCAUUCAACGCCAGGUACUUCAUUAUCUACCUUCUCACCUUGACCGCCAUGGCUGUUUCCAUCACAGCCUUAACGGCUACCUUCCUUAUCCAAGUGGUCAUUUUGUCAAACCUGAUGCUAGGACAUUAUACUGAUGACCACGGACAAGAGCACCCGAUUGAUGCCUUCUUCCUAAUUCAGCACCUUUUCCUGACCUUCCCUAGGAUUGUUUUCAUGCUCGGCUUUGUCGUUGUUCACUCAAUUAUUCUGGCUGCCUAUUUUUGCUUUAUUCUGUACCUGGUCCUGACCAACCAAACAAGCAAUGAGUGGUUCAAGUCACCAAGACACAAGUGUUCCUGCCCAAAGCCAUGCAACGAGCACAGAAACUAUGAAAACAUUUACUCUAGAGGGGUCUGGGGCAAUAUAGCUGAAAUUGCCAGGCCCUCGAUGAGCGCUGCAAAAAAGAGAAGAUGAAGUGCCUGUACCACCAAGAGACUGUCCAGAUCUUGCUGACAGCAGUUCAAUCUGAACAUAAGGGACCUGGUGAAAUGUGUCUUGUAAGGAGAGAAGUGACAACUUUCUUAAAAGCUUUCAGCUAGGAAUAGGUCUCUUUAUUACAUCAGACUGUAUAAAAAAACUAUGCAUUAAAAAUUAUUUACAAUCUGGACUGUACAAUAUGCAGUUAAAAAACACACGGUUACAAAAGAAAUGUAGUCUGGCUUUUCUGUAAGUUUCCAGAACUUUACUUCUCAAAAUAAUCUAUAAUACUAUGUCGUAAAGCAUAUCCAAACCUUUCUUUAAGAUUCACAUUCCUGACAAGCAGCUUACAUUCCAUACUUUUGGGGACUACAGUACGAAAGGCAGGUAGC